GAUUGAUUCACUUCUGCUCACUCGGGCGACAAGGAUAGGAGGCCAUAGGUGGGAAUCAGAGAGCAAAAAGUUCACUUCACACCACAGUGUGCCAAGAGAAGGGGAACACAAAUACUCUGGAGCUCUUACUGUGUGCUGACAGUCAACCAUGGGUGACUGGAGCUUUUUGGGCAACAUCCUUGAGGAAGUAAAUGAGCAUUCAACGGUAAUCGGUAGGGUAUGGCUCACGGUCCUCUUCAUCUUCCGAAUCCUCAUCCUGGGUACGGCCGCGGAGUUCGUGUGGGGCGACGAGCAAUCGGAUUACGUGUGCAACACGCAGCAGCCGGGUUGCGAGAACGUUUGCUACGACGAGGCCUUCCCCAUCUCACACAUUCGCCUGUGGGUGCUGCAGAUCAUCUUCGUUUCCACGCCUUCUUUGGUGUACGUGGGCCACGCUGUCCACCAUGUACACAUGGAGGAGAAGCGUAAGGAACGGGAGGAGGCUGAGCUCAACAGGCAGCAAGAGAUAAACGAGGAGAGGCUGCCGAUCGCGCCCGAUCAGGGAAGCGUCCGUAUGGCCAAGGAGACGAGCACAAAAGGCAGCAAGAAGUUCCGUCUAGAGGGCACUCUCUUGAGGACCUAUAUCUGCCACAUUAUCUUCAAGACUCUCUUUGAGGUAGGCUUUGUGGUGGGCCAGUACUUCUUGUACGGCUUCCGAAUCCUGCCACUCUACAAGUGCAGCCGUUGGCCGUGCCCAAACACGGUUGACUGCUUUGUCUCCAGGCCUACCGAGAAAACCGUUUUCAUUAUCUUCAUGUUAGCUGUGGCCUGCGUCUCGCUUUUCCUCAACUUUGUGGAAAUCAGCCAUUUGGGCUUGAAAAAGAUCCACUUUGUGUUCCGUAAACCGGUGCGGCCACAAGUUGAGGGACCAGGGGCGGCCGAGAAGGCCUUGCCUUCCAUAGCGUCCUCCUCGAUCCAGAAAUCCAAAGGCUACAAGUUGCUGGAGGAGGACAAAGCCACGUCGCACUUCUUCCCCCUGACUGAGGUAGGUGGAAUGGAGGCUGGCCGGCUUCCGGCUCCGUACAAGCCAUUUGAGGAGAAAACGGACGAGUCGACCACACCUAAGAAAGACAUGUCUAAGGUGUAUGACGAAACGCUGCCCUCCUACGCCCAGAUGACCGUGAUAGGACCGAGCGCGGCGGCGGGAGUUGUACGCAGGGAUGAAGACGAGGAUGAGUUGGCCAUCGAAGCAGAUGUGGAAGCCAGCGAGACGAUAGAAGACACGCGACCGCUCAGCAGCCUGAGCAAAGCCAGCAGUCGGGCAAGGUCAGAUGACUUGAUGGUAUAAAUAAUAAAGAACUGGAUUAGAAGUGCAGCAGUACCAAUUGUAGUUUUGGAAAAACCAUUAAAAGUAAAAACAAAAGUCUUUCGGCAACUGCGGCGACACUUAUAAUACCAGCUCUUUAUUUCGAGGAAGAACACGAUUAAAAAAAAUAAUGCUGUGCAAUUUUCAUUCGGAAACUUGAGAGCUUGA